AUGUCUGGUUUAGGAGGGCACUUCGCGGUGCAAUUCUGCCGUGAAACAUGGACUCUGUAUUCCGUCGGAGUACUGAGUGCGGUCUUGCGAUUCGUUGCUCGUGUUCGGCGUUUAGGCAUUCGCAAUCUCCAGGUCGAUGACUAUCUUAUGCUAUUCGCAGUACUUUGGUAUACGAUACUAUGUGUCGCUUUAAAUCAAGUUGCUUCCGGUGGCGGGUCAAAUCUCAUGACCGAGGAGGACAAGCUAUCGUUGACGGAUAAAAUUAUCGACGAACGAGUGCGCGGUAGCAAAUGGGUCUUUGUGUCGGAACAUUCGUUUAUUCUUUGCGUCUGGAGUUUGAAAGCAUGCAUGUUGGUGAUCUAUGCACGUAUCACUGAAGGAUUGAAGCAGAAACGCUGGAUCAACUAUGUCGCAAUUUAUGUUGCACUGGGAUUUGUCGCAACCGAACUGUCACUCUUCCUGCUGUGCCGCCCAUUAACAGACUACUGGGCCGUCCUCCCAACGCCAGACUACCAAUGCUCAUCGUACCAGUAUUAUGAAAUCGUCCAGGGCUGCAUCUCAAUCUCUGCCGACGUAUUCAUGCUCCUUAUCGCCAUCCCGAUGCUAGUCCAGGUCCGCGUCCCACUCAAGCAAAAGAUGAUCCUGAUGAUCCUCUUCGGCAUGGGAAUCUUUGUCAUCGUCGCCGCCGUCCUGAACAAGGUGUACUGCCUCGUCCCGUCCUUGAUUUCCUACGUCUACAUGAACUGGUACUUCCGCGAAGCAACCGUCGCUAUCCUAGUCACCAACCUACCGCUGAUCUGGUCACUUCUCCGCGACGUCUUCCCUGCCCUCAAGAGCUGGACCGGAGGCUCCAAGCGUGGCACCGACCGCUACAAGUCCGGGCCCUGGACCAGCAAGGGUGGCUCAAAUAUGCCUCCCUAUGGCCCACCCAGCCAUGCCCGAUCAGGAGACUUCGGCAUGCAGGAAUUCGAGGGCACGACUACGAUUACCCCCCAAAAGGCAACUGCUUCUGAUGUUAGUCUCUCGCUUAGCGAGGAGCGCGAUGCAAGCAGUGACGAUGGCUCAGCCCGCGCUUUGCGCAUUCGUCAGGAUAUCACCGUUACCGUGCAGCGUGACUCGCGGCCUUCGGGUUAUGAGUCGAACUCUUCGCAUGCCACCCGUACCCACGAGGACGUUUAA